AUGGUCCUCCUCAGCAAUGCUGACAUCCGGUUCUGUAACAUCCGGGUCGACCACCAGUGCAGGCGGGGUUUUAUUGCUGACAACAAGAACAAGGAGAUCAGUGUGAAGACAGCAGGUUUUGCCUACCCUUGGGACCAGUCCAGUUUUAAGAGCCUCCAGGUGGAUCUGAAGAAAUUCAAACAGCUUGAUGACUUCGCCUCUCAGGUAAGCACUCGGAGCAGUGUGGAGGUCCUGGUGAAAGAGCUGCUCCAGAAAGCCCAGACUGAUCUAGAAAAGCUGCGAGCAAUCUGGAUUUGGGUCACUCACCACAUCGAGUAUGACGUGAAGGGGUAUUACAACACUGAGCUGCGGACGGGGGUCCCGGGGGAUGUACUGCAGUCUGGGAAGGCCGUGUGUGCUGGAUAUGCAGGGCUCUUCAAGGAGAUGUGCCGUUUUGCAGGGAUCAACUGUGUGAUGGUAUCGGGCCAUUCCAAAGGAUUCAGCUAUGAGCCAGGAGAUCGCUUCACAGGAUCCGGGAACCACGCCUGGAAUGCUGUGAGUCUGGAGGGAAGAUGGCAUCUCCUGGACAGCACCUGGGGAGCUGGCAAUGUCAGCAGAAAUAGCUCCCAAUUCACAUUCCAGUACAAUGAAUUCUAUUUCCUCACACACCCUGCACUUUUCAUUGGUGAUCAUUUCCCACUCAAAGAUGAAUGGCAAUUGCUGAAUCCGAGGGUGUCUCUCAGACAGUUUGAAAAGGCUCUUAUGAAAAUGAGUAGUUUCUACAGCUGUGACCUUCGUUCUAUAAACCCAGAUUCUUCACUGAUAGAAACAGCCAAUGGCAAGGCUACAAUCACUGUGAAGAGUCAAUCUCCUGCUCUGUUCACACACACCUUAAAUGGAAAGAAUGAAUGUGGCAUCAUUACCUUGACAGCACACGGGAUGAUCCUGGAUAUCUAUCCAAAGAGUACCGGAAAACACAAGCUUAACAUUUUUGCAAAACAUUUUGAUGCAACAGAAACCUAUGAUUGUGUGUGUGAAUAUCAACUUCAGUGUGAGUCUGUCCAUAAAGAAAUGAAGCUGCCCUCUGCCAUGAUGAACCCAGUGGGCCCCAGCUGGCUAACAGAGAUGAAGGGUCUCCUCCAGCCCUCCCAGUGCAGCCCUAUAGUCUACACCCAGGACGGGCGCUGUGCCUUCAGAUUCCUGCUGGAGAAGGACCUCAGCUUCGUCCUAAAGCUGAGUCUGGAGAAUGUCAAUCUCUCUGAUGACUUGAGCAGACAUGUCUUUAUUUACAGAGAGGGGAACUGGGUGGAAUUUAAAAUCCAGAUCCCCAGGGCCGGCAUGUAUCUUUUCACCAUUUUUGCCAAAGAAAAGUCUGCGCCUGGAAAAAACCACCAUUUUGUGUGUAAUUAUUUCAUCUCCUGCAGCAACCCCAGCGUGCAGUGGCCAGUCUUCCCUUUGGUCUACGCUUCCUGGCAGCAGGAAUAUGAGCUGGUGGAGCCUCUCUCUGGAGUCCUGCCAGCUCAGCGCACCCUGCAGUUCAAGGUGAAGAUCCCCGGUGUGGAGAAGGUGCUGGUGGGAAGCAGAGACACUCAGGAGCUCAGUGUGUCCAGCGAUGGCUACUGGACUGGGAGCUGCAGCACAGCCGGCUGUAAGGACCUGACUGUGAUGGUGCUGCACAAACCCAAUGACAGCUCUUACUCCUUGGUGCUUCAGUAUCAAGUGGAAAACAACUGAGAUAAUUGAUCUAUCUUUUUCAAAAGAUUUGCAACCUGAUUUAUAAUGUCAUUUAUCAAAGCAAAUGCCAGUGAUGUAGGGAAAUAAAUAUAGAAAUACUACAAGAAAUGUAAUAAAUAUAGAACUACUAAAAUAAACGUAAUAAAUCCAAUGACAACAUAACUUUACUUGUUAACUGUAUGUCUUUUUCUGAGUGCACUGUCAAAUAAA